AUGUUGUAUUUAAAUUUAACUAUUUUCCUACCUCUAUACUUGUAUAAAAUAGCCAACAAUCAUCAACACAUACAAAACAAAACUUUCUCGACAACUCUUGCACACACUCUCUGUUUCAUUUUUAUUUUGUCUUCUCAUAUUGACUUUUUGAGUUUCUCUGAAAAUUUCACGUAGUAUGGGGAUGCAAGAAGAAGCAGAGCUCGUCAUCAUCCCUUUCCCCUUCUCCGGGCACAUUCUCGCAACCAUCGAACUCGCGAAACGUCUCAUAAGUCAAGACAAUCCUCGGAUCCACACCAUCACCAUCCUCUAUUGGGGACUACCCUUUAUUCCUCAAGCUGACACAAUCGCUUUCCUCCAAUCCCUAGUCAAAAAUGAGUCUCGUAUCCGUCUCGUUACGUUGCCCGAGGUCCAAAACCCUCCACCAAUGGAACUCUUUGUGGAAUUUGCUGAAUCUUACAUUCUUGAAUACGUCAAGAAAAUGAUUCCCAUUGUGAGAGAUGGUCUCUCCACUCUCUUGUCUUCUCGCGAUGAAUCGGAUUCAGUUCGUGUGGCUGGAUUGGUUCUUGAUUUCUUCUGCGUCCCUAUGAUCGAUGUGGGAAACGAGUUUAAUCUCCCUUCUUACAUUUUCUUGACGUGUAGCGCAGGGUUCUUGGGUAUGAUGAAGUAUCUUCCAGAGAGACACCGCAAAAUCAAAUCGGAAUUUACCCGGAGCUCUAACGAGGAGUUAAACCCUAUUCCUGGUUUUGUCAACUCUGUUCCAACUAAGGUUUUGCCGUCAGGUCUGUUCAUGAAAGAGACUUACGAGCCUUGGGUCGUACUAGCCGAGAGAUUUCCUGAAGCUAAGGGUAUUUUGGUAAAUUCCUACACAUCUCUCGAGCCAAACGGUUUUAAAUAUUUCGAUCGUUGUCCGGAUAACUACCCAACCGUUUACCCAAUCGGGCCGAUUUUAUGCUCCAACGACCGUCCGAAUUUGGACUCAUCGGAACGCGAUCGGAUCAUAAGAUGGCUCGAUGACCAACCCGAGUCAUCAGUCGUGUUCCUUUGUUUCGGGAGCUUGAAGAAUCUCAGUGCUACUCAGAUCAACGAGAUCGCUCAAGCCUUAGAGCUCGUUGAAUGCAAAUUCAUCUGGUCGUUCCGAACCAACCCGAAGGAGUACGCAAGCCCGUACGAGGCCUUACCAGACGGGUUCAUGGACCGGGUCAUGGAUCAAGGCCUCGUUUGUGGUUGGGCUCCUCAAGUUGAAAUUUUAGCUCAUAAAGCUGUCGGAGGAUUUGUAUCGCACUGCGGUUGGAACUCGAUAUUAGAAAGUUUGGGUUUCGGCGUUCCAAUCGCCACGUGGCCAAUGUACGCAGAACAACAACUAAACGCGUUCACGAUGGUGAAGGAACUUGGUUUAGCCUUGGAGAUGCGGUUGGAUUACGUGUCGGAAGAUGGAGAUAUAGUGAAAGCUGAUGAAAUCGCAGGAACCAUUAGAUCUUUAAUGGACGGUGUGGAUGUGCCAAAGAGUAAAGUGAAGGAGAUUGCUGAGGCGGGAAAAGAAGCUGUUCUGGACGGUGGAUCUUCGUUUGUUGCGGUUAAAAGAUUCAUUGGUGACUUGAUCGACGGCGUUUCUAUAAGGAAGUAGAAACGCGGUCGUUUUCAUGUAAUUGGGGCUUGUGGCGACCAUGUUUGAUGUUUCUGCUCAGAUUCCUUUUUCGUUGUGUGUUUUUUUUAAUCGUAAUUAUCAUUUUAUUUUAACAAUAGAAGACUGAGUCUUCUUACAACUUUCACAAUUCCAUGUGUUUGUAAGGAAUCAUUGCUUCCAUGUUGUUGUAUCUUCUAUUUAAGGAUCAAAAAGACUUUAUCUUCUCUUAAAA